AUGCUGUUGUUUGUCAUUGUCAUUGCUUCUCAUUGUUUGGAGGCAGUGGUUGCAGGGCAGGCCGCGGCUGCGGCGCCUGGAGGCAAUCCGACGUUGGCCGCCGAAGCAGCGCAGGAGGCGGCGCGGGCGGCCGGUCAGAACCCGACAAAGCAGGUGGAGCUGGCCGUGGAGGCCGCGGCCAGCGCCGCCGCCCGGUCCAGUGGAGGCAAUGCGUCCAAGGCGAGUGCUGACGCGGUGGAGGCAAUUGCCAAGGUGGCAAGUGAGGCGAACCUCAGCAAGGCGGAGGAAGCCGUGAUUGUUGCCAGUGCCGCCCGCGAGUCUGCCUCGGAGUCGGGCGCGGAUGUGGAGUCAGUGGGCACGGCGGCUGCUGUGUCGGCCAAGGCACAAGGUGCGACGCCGGAGGAGCAAGCUGCAGCCGCUGCUGUUGCUGCAUCCGACGCUGCCAAGAAGCAGGGCGCCAAUGCAUCGCAAGCCGCUGACGUCGCUGUUGCUGCAGUUGCAGGGCCGCAUGCAGUCCUAGAUGUCCACCUGGGAGAUAGUGCACGUGAUGGCAAGUGCAAGAUCUUUGCAAGUUUCAGGCCAAAGCUGCUGGAGCUACGCCGCAGGACAGUCUGCUUUCACGGGUGUCUGAGACCGGAUGCAGAGGAUGAACAGGCAGCGGCUGCUUCCGUGGCCUACACCCGUGCUGGUGGCAACGGCACACUGGACCUCGUGAACGUCUUUGUCCAAAUGGCACCCGGAGUCCCCGCUAGCAGUGCUAGCCAUUACCCAUUGACCACUGAGUGA